UUUAACGUAUCUACAAAGUAGAUAUUUCUAAGAUGAAAGCCUUUGGGGCAAGAGAAGCAGCCUUAAAAAUUAUCAGGGGUGAUUAUGCCACUCAGUACAAGAUCUUACAAGAUUAUUUGUUAGAAGUGCAGACUCAAAACCCAGACACCACUAUCAAGCUUGAUGUCGAAAGUGAACCAAAUCCUGAUGUUGAGACAAGAACCUUCAGACGCGUGUACGUGUGCCUUGGUGCUUUGAAGCAAGGAUUUGCAGCAGGGAAGAGGGAUUUUCUUGGGGUAGACGGGGCUUUCAUGAAAGGACCUUUCCAUGGUCAAAUUUUAUCUGUUGUGGCUUUAGAUGGGAAUAAUGGAAUAUAUCCUUUAGCAUAUGCUGUGGUUGAAGCUGAGACACUGAACUCUUGGACAUGGUUUUUAACUCACUUGGGUGAUGACCUAGGGUUGGCUUCAAAUUCAAAUUUUACAUUUAUAUCAGACAGGCAAAAGGGUUUAAGUUCUGCCAUCGCAGAUUUGUUUCCUUGUGCAGAGCACCGUUAUUGUGUUCGCCACAUACACGAAAAUAUGAGGUCACGUUGGAGAGGGGAUAAGUUUAAAGAACUGCUUUGGAAUUGUUCAACAACAUAUACUGUGCAAGAGUUUGAAAAAGAAAUGGAAGAAGUUAGAAAAUUAAACCAAGAAUGUUAUGAGUGGCUUAAACAAAUACCACCUCAACAUUGGGCACGUUCUCAUUUUACAGGUUUGACCAUGUUAUAUAUUAUAAUAUAUGAUAACUAUUGUUGUAUACUUGUUAUGCACCCACUCUGGUCACCUUAUUUUGGAGAAAGGGUAGUUUGGGGGAUAGCACAUUCUGAUAUUGUGAUAAACAACAUAUGCGAGUGCUUUAAUAGCAAAAUAAUAGACGGACGUGACACACCAAUUAUCAAUUGCUUAGAGUUCAUCCGGGAGUACAUCAUGAAGAGGAUUGUGAAUGUUGAAAAAGAAAUUGACAAAGCAACAGGCCCUUUGACUCCAACAGCUACCAAGCUAUUGCAAAAGAUCAAAGAUCAGGCAGAGGAGUAUACAACAUCAUUUUGUGGAAAUGGGAAGUACCAAGUGAGUGGACCUUGGCAAGAUCAGUGUGUAGUGAAUGUGAAUCAACGAACCUGUUCAUGCAAGAAGUGGGAAAUAACUGGAAUGCCAUGCAAACAUGCUGUAUCUGCAAUCUGGGACAUGAGGAGAAAUAAUGGUGCAAUUGGUAUUCCAGAAACCUUUGUUCAUGAAUGUUAUUGGCUAUCAACCUGGAGGAACAUGUACUCUUUCAAAGUGGAUCCGAUAAAUGGUAGAAGAAUGUGGAUUAAGUCACCUUGUCCAACUACUUUGUUGCCUCCAAAACACCGUGUCCCAAUAGGAAGACCAAAAAAGAAACGAAGGAAGUCAGCUACAGAAAAAGAGGAUAUGAUUAAAGGGAAUACAGUUUCUAGAGCACAAAAAACUGUUACAUGUACCAAAUGUAACAACAAAGGACACAAUUCCAGGACUUGCAAAGGGCAGUUACCAACUGUUGGGAAGAAGGGAAAAAAGAAGAAUGAGAAAGGAAAAGAGAAGGAUAAAGGAAAAGAGAAUGAGAAAGGAAAACAGAAGAAGAAAGGAAAAGAGAAGGAUCCAUUGUAA